CAACAGCGAAGGAUAUGAUUUUUGACCCUUUGUUUUACAGAUAACGCGAUGGGGCAGCCGGCGGAAAAAGCAUACUAUCGCUUUGUGGUGCUCUUCUUUAACUGUCUGCUGACCUUUGGGUCCUACUUUUGCUUCGACAUUCCCAGUGUGUUACAGGAUCAGUUCCAAGGGAACCUGACGUGUCCCAAUGCAACAGUGAUCAAUGGGACAGUGGACUGUGUGGAGGGACUGGGGAUGACCCCUCAGCAGUACAAUCUUCUCUAUGCCAUCUAUGCUUGGAUGAAUGCAAUAGUGGUGAUCCCUGCUGGAUUCCUCAUUGACAAAUUAGGAAAUCGCUUCGGUGUGUUUCUCUUCUCUUUUCUCUGUGUUUUGGGCUCAUCGCUGUUUGCUCUCGGCUCCCACUUCAAGGGAUCUCCCUACUUGCUGCCGCUAAUGCUCACAGGCCGUCUGCUGUUUGGAUCAGGCAAUGGAUCUCUGACUAUUGCUCAAAAACGCAUCACAACCUUCUGGUUCAAAGGGAAGGAGUUGGCUUUGGCUUUCGGCCUGACCCUGGCCUUCUCGCGGCUGGGCUCGGUGUUGAACUUCUUCCUCACGCAGAAGUUUGAAGAAAAAUAUGGCAUGCAGUGGACACUCUGGGGUGGCGCACUGUUGUGUGUGCUGGGCUUCACUUCUGCUGUCAUUGUCAGCACCUUGGACAAGAUUGGAAUGAGACAGCUGGGUCUCGAUGGAGCCAUCCAAGAAGAGUCUCGCAAAGUGAGGAUUCAGGAUAUGAAGCUCCUGUCAGUAAGAUACUGGCUGCUGGUUCUCACCAUCAUGUUCUUCUACAACGGCAUCUUCCCCUUCAUUGCUGAUGCAAGCAAGUUCAUCCAGGAUAAGUACAGCUACUACAGCCAGAAGGAGGCAGCUUAUAUUGUGGGAGCAGUCUAUGACAGCUUAGUGGUCCUCUCAGCCAUCGCGGGCAUUCUCAUUGAUUAUGUGGGUCUGCGGGGAGUUUUCGCAUUGGCGAGCGCUGUCCUCACGCUGCCCGUGUUUGGACUCCUGGCUUUCACUUUUGUCCCUCCUCUGGUUUCAACCAUAUGGCUGGGAGUCACCUACUCCUUUGCUGCUGCCAGCAUGUGGCCGUCUAUUCCACUCAUCGUACCUCAGGCGACUCUGGGAACUGCCACGGGCCUGGCCUCCUCCAUACAGAUGUUUGGGGUCGGGAUCUCCAAUCUCAUUGUUGGACAGAUACUAGGCACCAAGUCCAGUGAAACUAAGAUCCCGCUGUGGCGUUGGCAGAGGAUGAUGAUCUUCAUGUUGGCCAACACCAUCAGCUGCAUUAUGACCUCAGUGCUGCUUAAUGUUGUUGAUCACAGACAGGGUGGGACCCUGAACAAGACAACGAAGAAGUCAGGGCAGGCACAGAGAGACCCGAACCGAGAGCCGCUCACCCAGGCAGAGGAAGAGCCAAAUGAGGAAGAUGGACGGGACCCUGAACAAGACAACCAAGAAGUCAGGGCAGGCACAAGAAGACCAUGAACUCAGGUGCAGAGAGACUCGAACUGAAAGCCACUCACCCAGGCAGAGGAAAGGAAGAGCCGAAUGAACAGACAAGGAAAAGUAGUAGUAGAAGAAAUAGUAAAAGAAAAAGUAGAAGCACAGAUACCGGGCUUAAAAAAAAAACUCAUUUAAAAGUUGAACUACUGAAGCAACUUUUUUACCUAAGUAAAAUUGAAAAAGUACAGGCUCUGAAAAGUACUCAAAGUAGGAAAGUAAAAAGUUCUCGAAGGACAAUUGUACUGACCUUUUUUGCAGACAGCUGCAGUGAAAGGGAAUUUAGAGGUCUAUAUAUCCUUUAUACUGUCCUUACACUAGACAGUAUAAAGCUGGAAUUCAGUGAAUGAUUCUAAGCAUCACUACUGUAAAGGGACUGAGUAAGGUGCUGCUGAAAUGGUCGUCAGCAGUAUUUCUUAUGUCAUAGAUUAACGGUAGUU